AAGUGGGUCCAAUGGUCAAAUUGAAAAAGCAUGAAAUGAAACAUUGUUAUAGCAAAAUCUUGUUAAAAAAGUCACAUGUUUAAUGAUGCUUUUAACCGAAAAGUUAUGGUUGAAGCGUGUCCCUCCUCUUCUUCCCUCCUCCUAACUAUUGUUGUUGUAGCAUAGGGUGGUAGCUUCAAAACCAAACCUUAGUUCAUGACACAAACCUUUGUGUUGUGUACGCUAUAUCACACAACCUAGUUCACUCACACACACACAAACAAAACAAAACAAAAAAAACAUCAUAGUACUUUGUCUCUGAUCAUGAUCAUCUGAAGAAAAAAAAAAUGCAAAAAACUUGUGAUGAGGGUGGCUCCGAUGGCCGGACGGUGGUGGUGGGAGUGAAAAUGGAUUCACCAAGCAAAGAGCUUCUUACUUGGGCUUUGGUUAAAGUUGCUCAACCUGGUGAUCUUGUAGUUGCUCUGCAUGUUCUUGGGACUAAUGAAAUUGUGAAUGGAGAUGGGAAAUCAUCGUUGCUUUCUCUUGUUAAGGCUUUUGACUCUGUUCUUAAUGUUUAUGAAGGAUUCUGUAAUUUGAAGCAGGUGGAUCUUAAACUAAAAAUUUGCCGUGGAUCAUCGGUGAAGAGAAUUUUGGUACGAGAAGCAAAUGCUUAUUCUGCAUCUCAUGUUAUUGUUGGAAGUGUUCAUGGUUUUCAUAGAAUUCGGUCAUCUAGCUCUGUAGCUAAGUAUUGUGCUAAAAAGUUAUCCAAGGACUGUUGUGUUCUUGCUGUGAAUAAUGGAAAGGUUGUGUACAAGCGUGACAGCUUGGCAGCAUCAACUGUUGCUGAUGUACAAGGGUUUGAUCGUCAACGUGGAAAUGGUUUGCUUGGUUCAAUUCAAUUGACACAUGGUUUGCUUGGUUCGAUUCAAUUGACACUCAGUAAGAAUACAAAAGUACUUAAUGCUGAUACUGAUGAGGGAACUCGACGGAUUUCGGAUCACAGUUUAGCUAAGGUUUUACUGGAUUCUACAGAAAAUGUUAGACAUCAGAGUUGCUCAAUUUGUGGCUCAUUGAAAGACACUUCUUGCCAUCAAUCUGCAGAAGAGCCUUCAGAAGGAUCUGAAGUCUCAUCUGGUGAUGGUGGAAAUGAGAAUUCUUUGGCAAUAGUCCCUGUACAGACAACUGAUGCAGGGCAGCUUGAAUUGAAACCCGGUUGGCCACUACUACGUCGGAAUUUUUUACCAGACCGGCAAUUACCUGAUAAACUGUUCACGCGGGACCAGAUCUCUGUGGUUCAGUGGGCAAUGAGGUUGCCGCGUAGAAAUCUUUCAUACCAUGUUGAUCAUGAUAAACAAGUUAGUAUUUGUGAUAAAGCUCAGGGUCAAUCUGUGGCUUUAGAUAGUGAAAGUGGUGCCCUUAUUCCAGUAGAUUCGGAAAUGGGGAAAACUUAUUCGUCGCCUGAAUGCAAUUUAAAAAGUAUUCCAAAAGAAUUGGAGGGCCUUCAUGAGAAAUACUCAUCAACUUGCAUAUUGUUUGAGUACCAAGAACUUGUAUCAGCAACAUCAAAUUUUUUGCCUGAAAAUUUUAUUGGGAAAGGAGGAAGUAGUAAGGUUUACCGAGGCUGCCUUCGUGAUGGCAAAGAACUUGCUGUCAAGAUCCUAAAGCCUUCGUAUGAUGUUUUGAAAGAGUUUCUUUUGGAAAUAGAAAUCAUCACCACAUUGCAUCACAAAAACAUUAUUUCCCUCAUCGGGUUCUGCUUCGAGAAUGGCAAUCUACUCUUGGUCUAUGAUUUCUUAUCAAGAGGAAGCCUUGAAGAGAACAUUCAUGGGACUAAGAAAAACCCUCGCGAGUUUGGUUGGACACAGAGAUAUAAGGUUGCAACAGGCGUUGCUGAAGCUUUGGAAUAUCUGCAUUGUAAAGACGAUCAUCCCGUGAUUCAUCGGGAUGUAAAAUCAUCCAAUGUAUUACUAUCUGAAGAUUUUGAACCUCAGCUCUCUGAUUUUGGAUUGGCUACGUGGGCAUCAACUUCAUCAUCUCAUAUAACGUGCACAGAUGUUGCUGGAACCUUUGGUUAUAUGGCUCCUGAAUACUUCAUGUACGGCAAAGUAAAUGAUAAGAUCGACGUCUAUGCAUUUGGUGUUGUGCUUCUUGAGCUUCUUUCAGGGAGAAAGCCCAUAAGUGUUGAUUAUCCGAAAGGUCAACAGAAUCUUGUUAUGUGGGCAAGUCCACUUAUAAAUAGUGGAAAGGUGUCACAAUUGUUAGAUCCUAGUUUGGGUGAUAACUAUGAUCAUGAUGAGAUGGAAAGAAUGGUAUUAGCAGCCACUCUUUGUAUCAAACGUGCUCCAAAAGCUAGGCCACAAAUGAGCAUUGUUUCAAAGCUACUUCAAGGCGAUAUUGAUGCAAUCAAGUGGGCAAGACUAGAAGUCAAUGCUUUGGAAGCGCAUGAAAUGCUCGAUGAUGAAGUAUGUCCACCAAGUAAUAUACAGUCACAUCUUAAUCUUGCACUGCUUGAUGUGGAUGAUGACUCACUCUCCAUGUACAGUGUUGAGCAAAGUGUUUCAUUAGAGGACUACUUGAGAGGCAGGUGGAGCCGAGCAUCAAGUUUUGACUGAGCAAAUUACAGCAUAUAUUGCUUGCUACAAUUUUUUUUAUUCUUCUAUACUUUUUAUUUUAAUAUCUUGUAGAUACUGUUUUCCUUUGCAUCUUAAUAUAGCUUUGGCAUAUUCAUGGUUUUUCUUAAAUGGGGGGUUUAGGAUGAGAGGUUGUUUGUAUGUGCCCUCCUCCUUACCUUAAUAAUUAGGAAACUAUGCCUCCUCAAUUUGUUGGGCUAGUACCCCUUUUUUCAUUAUACUUCAAAUGCUGUCUAGUUUUGCUCCAUUGAGUUUUGUAUAGGAUGAGAAGUUGUAUUUUAGAGUAUUAGGAUCAUUGCUCUUAAUCCUAAUAAUACGACAACAAUUUUGUCGCUUGGAUUCUUCCAUAUGUAAUGUAAUUUGACUUAAUGCAUGUUUUGAUUUACUGUGAA